CUCAGUUGCUUCUUCCCAUCUUGAGAUUCAAUUCUUUUUGGAGCUUCUUAUCGAAUAUACAGUGCUGUGAUAUAUUAAUAUUCGAAAGAUAUAAGAUUUGGAAACGUGACAAUUGACCUCUGCUUUAUACUUGAGACCUUUCAACUCCGGUAUUGGUUUAAUUGAAGGCGUUCGGUGCUGGUUUCGAGGGUACGGUCCGUACGAAACGUACAGCGCAUGAGAACACCGCCACGUCCAAGCUUUUUCUCGAAAAUAUCUGUCCUGCGUUGUGCAUUUGCUUGGAGCAUUGCUUUGACAUAGUCAUUCCUCUGUCCUAAAAGGUUAACAAGCCGCAAGCAUAAUAUUACCACAUCAUUGUACGUGGUUGAUUCCGGACUCGGCGUGGAAAGAGGAGAGAGAGAGAUUCGGAGCAUAUUGAUCAGGCUUAAAGGGGGCUAGAGAAAGUCGAAUAUGGAAGAUCCGGUCAAGGAAAUAUCCGGCGUGAUUCACCUCCUGACGCAAUCGCCGCCAUCAAUUCAACGAACCACACUCGAGACAUAUUUCACCAAGAAUGCAUCCUUUACGCACCCUUUCUGCCGCACAGGCAGCUUCGAUAACUCGCGAUGGUAUGUAUGGAUGGUUUAUCGAUGGUAUAAGAUUAUGAGCCCUCGAAUCGAGUUGGAAAUCAAGUCAGUAGCAUUUGACGAAAAUACUCUUCAACUUUACGUCCAAAUCUUCCAAGUCUUUCGCAUCUGGAUCAUUCCCUUUCACAGCUCGCCCGUGAACCUGGUUACGGUGCUGCAACUCGAAUAUAACAAGUCGCUGCAAAAAUAUCUGAUUCGGAGUCAGAAUGAUCUCUACCAGGUCAAUGAAUUCGUCCGGUUUAUUUGGCCGGGUGGAUACCUUUUUGUUUUGCUUUGGCAGUUCUUCUCGACACUGGUCUGCACGAUCGGAGCGUUGGCCUUAUGGCCAGUGUCGUGGUUUGAGCAGCAUGUUCUCACAAACGAGGAUCAGCUAUAUUCCUCUUGAGCCCCAUUACUGGAUUGCAACGCCAUAUCAGACAUUAUCGCAUGGUUAUGAUUUGCCGAUUCGGGAACUUCUAGAUGAAUAGACCGCCAAUGUUAUUGUACGACGCAGUAAGGAGGAUUGGUAAUUUCUAAUAAUACUCAGAAACUAUAUAGAAUGUAAUGUUCAUUUUAGAAUGCUAUAUAUUAUCCGACCAUCUAGC